CUUAAAUUGAUUCAGCAUAUACUCUGCUUUCACUGUCACCAAAAACAAAACUAUUUAAAUUUUAGUCGAUAUGGAAAAUCUAGAGAAUAGGUUUGUUGAUUUGCAUCUUGAUUGUGAUGCUGAAGAGAAGAAGAAGGAGACUUCUGCGGAUGUGAUUGGAUUAUGUGAUAUCUUAAAGGAUAUUCUUAGCGAGGAGAGAGAAGAAAAGAUUGGCAAGUUCAUUGAGAUCGAAGAUGAGCCAGAAUCAAAGACUGACACUCCUUGGUACGAUGAAGAGGAUUUGAAUCUGGAUCAAAUGUAUAAAGUAAAAGAUGUAAAGCAAAUCGAAUUGGAUGUCAAGCAUAUGGGAUUGGACAUUCCUAGAAAGGAAAUCAUUGGAGACUAUGUCAAAAUUGAUAAAACUGCGACCAAAGAUAUCAACAUUGCCACAAAUAUUGAACUGGCAAGGUGCGAGAGACUUUUUGCUUCUCUAGAGAUAACUGAAAUGCAAAAGAAUCUCAAGUUGAAUCCAGUUGAAAGUGCAAAUAAUCAACCUGAAUUGGAGUUUACAUGCCACAAAGAUGAUGAACCAGAGACGCCCAUAAUUCCCGAUUUUGAAAUCGAUUACGAUAACAUUUACGAGGACAUGGCCAAGGCAAGUGAGAUCGAGAAGCAACUGCAGCUGCUCUAUAGACCCUUCACCUGUGCCGUCGAUGUCAACUGUCGCUUUAGCCUCUUCGAGUUGGCCAUUCUAUUGGACAACACUCGCUACGAUCCGGCCAAUCAUCCGGCAUUAAUGAUGCGUCUUCGCAAUCCCAGCGCUGAGAUAAAAAUCUAUUCGGGUGGCAAGAUAACAUCGAUGGCUCUGACAGCCGAAUCGGCAAGAAAUGCGCUGUUGAAGGUGAUCCAAAUGAUCGAGGAAUUGGACUACAAACCGGACAUUACGAACUUCAGCAAGAAUAUUGUGCAUGCCUCGUUCUGUUUGCCCUUCAAGAUUGAUCUCGAGUUGCUCAGCGAAAUGCACAGCGAACAGGUUUCGGGAAAUCGCGAAGUGCGUCCGUUUGUUACGUACAAAAUUGAGGCAACUGCCAUGAGAUUCGCCGUCUUCCCCAAUGGCUAUGUUCUGCUGCUCCACUCGAGGCAGCACAGCGAGACACGGGCUGCGAUUGCUGCUUUUCUGCCCAUCCUGGCGCAGUUCAAGAAUGGUUAUCUAACGCCCACCGAGAAGUACGGCUCAUUGUGUGGCGAUGUCACCUUUAAGCUGCUGUGGGAGCACAAGCUGGAGGAAGACAAGGAGGGCAUUCUCUUGUAUUCUUAAUGUGAUAUAAUAAUAUA